AUGUCGAGCAAGCGCAAAACCAGGUCGUCCUCCUCCGCCGUCGCCGUCGCCGACGUCGAUCCUAGUUCCGACCAGUCUCCGAACAAGUCCAUGAAAAUGGAGAACCUGAUGAGUCCGGCAGCUUCACCAGCCGUCAAAGACGAACAAACAAGCUACGCCGAUGCUGCUCCUUCAACAACCGAUGGCAACGACAGUGACGGUGAAGAGUCUGUCGCUGUGUUUGUCGGAGAUCCUGUUCCCGACGAGGAUGCGAGGCUGCGCUGGCCCCAACGGUACAAGGAUGAGAAAAAGCAGAAAUCAGCUGGGGCAAAAUCAAACAGUAGCGAUGACGAGGAGAUUCUUCAAGCGCGAUGUCACUACACUCAGGCAGAAGUGGAUGGGUGUACGCUUUACAAACUUUACGAUGAUGCCCAUGUAAAAGCAGAGGAAGGAGAAGACUAUUAUAUUUGUAAGAUUGUAGAGAUGUUUGAGGCAGUUGAUGGGGGAUUGCAUUUCACGGCACAAUGGUAUUAUAGGGCAAAGGACACUGUCAUUAAAGACCUUGCAUAUCUUAUUGAACCAAAGCGAGUUUUCUUUUCAGAAGUCCAGGAUGACAACCCAUUGGAUUGUCUUGUUGAAAAGCUAAACAUUGCAAGAAUACAACUAAAUGUAGAUUUGGAUGCAAAGAAGGAAACCGUUCCACCUUGUGAUUAUUACUGUGAUACACAAUAUCUAUUACCGUACUCUACAUUUGUUAACUUACCAUCAGAAAGUAGGGAAGCUGCUAGUGAGACGUCAUCAACAAUAUCUUCUGAGAUUGAUGUGAAUGGAAGAUCUGAGGUGAACUCUCAAGUUGAGGAAGCGUUUUAUCCUGAAGAAAAUAAAGAACCAGAGUUGAAGUUACUAGACUUAUAUUGUGGUUGUGGAGCAAUGUCAACUGGUUUGUGCUUUGGUGGGAUUUUGUCUGGUUUGAACCUUAUUACAAAAUGGGCGGUGGACUUGAAUAAACAUGCUUGUGAAACUCUUAAAUUAAAUCAUCCCGAAACAGAGGUUAGAAAUGAAGCUGCCGAAAAUUUCCUCUCACUAUUGAAGGAGUGGGAGAAGCUAUGUAGUUACUUCUCUUUAGUCCAAAACAAGGUGCCACAUAAUUAUUAUAUGGAUCUUUUUACUUCGGAUGAGGAUGAUGAUGCCGGCAGUGAAGAGAAUGUGGAAGAGGAUGAAGAAGUGUUUGAGGUGUCAGAAGUCCUUGCUGUACGUUAUGGUGAUCCGAAACGGGAAAAAGAGCAAGGGUUAUACUUUAAGGUUAGUUGGAAGGGUCAUGGAUCUGAUGAAGACUCUUGGGAACCAAUUGAAGGUCUAAGUAAUUGCAAGGAAAGGAUAAAGGAAUUUGUUUCUCGAGGCUUCAAGUCAAACAUCCUACCUUUGCCUGGAGGUGUUGAUGUAAUAUGUGGUGGACCACCUUGUCAAGGCAUUAGUGGUUUCAACCGGUUUCGGAACAAAGAGAACCCCUUGGAUGAUGAGAAGAACAAACAACUAGUUGUUUUUAUGGAUAUUGUUCAGUACCUUCAUCCCAAAUUUGCAUUGAUGGAAAAUGUGGUUGAUAUUGUAAAAUUUGCUAAUGGCUUUCUUGGGAGAUAUGCAUUGGGCCGCCUCCUUCAAAUGAAUUAUCAAACUCGUAUGGGAAUUAUGGCUGCCGGAUCUUUCGGGCUUCCUCAAUUUCGCUUGCGGGUCUUCAUAUGGGGGGCGGCACCUUCUGAGAAGCUGCCUCAGUUCCCACUUCCAACUCAUGAGGUUAUUGUAAGGGGUGUUAUUCCAUUGGAAUUUGAGAUAAACACAGUUGCAUAUGAUGAAGGACAUGAUGUUAAGCUGCAAAAAAAGCUUUUACUGGAAGAUGCUAUUUCUGACCUUCCUCCGGUUGAGAAUAAUGAAGGUCGAGAUGAGAUAAAAUAUGACAAACCUGCCCAGACUGAGUUCCAGCAAUUUAUUAGAUUAAGCAAAAGUGAAAUGUUGGGUUUAUCAACUAGAACAACAUCAUCAAAGUCUCUGCUUCAUGAUCAUCGUCCACUAGAAUUAAAUGCGGAUGAUUUUCAACGUGUGUGUCAGAUCCCAAAAAAGAAGGGUGGAUGCUUCAGAGAUUUACCAGGUGUUCUUGUGCGACCUGAUAACAAGGUUGAAUGGGAUCCUGAGGUGAAACGUGUAUAUUUGGAUUCAGGAAAACCAUUGGUUCCGGAUUAUGCCAUGUCUUUUACGAAUGGAACAUCGUCGAAACCUUUUGCUCGGUUAUGGUGGGAUGAAACCGUUCCAACCGUUGUGACAAGAGCAGAACCUCAUAAUCAGGCAAUUUUGCAUCCGGAGCAAGACAGAGUGUUGUCAAUUCGUGAAAAUGCAAGACUUCAAGGUUUUCCAGAUUUUUAUAAGCUGCUUGGACCUGUCAAAGAAAGGUACAUUCAAGUUGGGAAUGCAGUUGCAGUUCCAGUAGCUCGAGCUUUAGGGUACUCACUAGGCCUUGCGUUUCAAGGUUCUGCAGGUGAUGGGCCAUUAUAUAAAUUACCUGAUAAAUUUCCCAUGAUUAGGGAACGGGUUUCUUCCGUAUCAUCCGAAGAUGCUGUGUAAUGUAACUUAAAGUGUAAUGUAACUUAAGUUUACUUGUAUUUGUACAAUUAUAAUUCAUUACCCGCCAAAGCAAGAAUUGUAUGAUCAGGAUUGUAGUUCCAAUUCUUCAUCUUCUUGCUUGGUUAGGG